UUAGGACUUGGGAGAAUGUAUGUGCAAUAAAUUUCUCACCCUUCGUAUAUUUUUUUAGUAUCAUCAGUUAAGUCAUUUUCUAUGUUGUCUUUAUAAUUCCCUAGAUUUAAGAGCAGAGGGAGUGGUUUUGUUCAGAGUACUGCACAUACAUACACUCAUACUGGUUUUUCUAAAUGAGUUCUAAAAAGAUUACAUGGAAGUCUAUUGUGUUGAUCUUAAACUGUUACAAGACUCAAAGUUCCUUACAGGAAUCAGAGGAACAGGUUUUGAAACGAGGUUCUUUCCAAAGGUUGUGCCUUUCGGAUAUAAGCAUUCCUAGCUCCCCUCAGGCCAUUGAAGAUCUUUCCAUUUCCCUUGUUGGCCCAAAGCUUUACACAUUCACCCUAGAGGAGCUAAGGGAAGCAACACAUAGUUUCUCAUGGAGUAAUCUUCUUGGUGAAGGAGGGUUCGGACCCGUGUACAAAGGUUUUGUUGAUGACAAACUCAGACCUGGUUUGAAGGCUCAGUCUGUAGCAGUGAAACAACUCAACUUGGAUGGCUUCCAAGGUCAUAGGGAGUGGCUGGCAGAGAUUAUAUUUCUUGGACAGCUGAGGCAUCCACAUCUUGUUAAGUUAAUUGGCUACUGUUGUGAGGAGGAACACAGGCUUCUUGUGUAUGAGUACAUGGCUAGAGGCAGCUUGGAGAAUCAACUUUUCAGAAGAUACUCUGCUGCCUUGCCAUGGUCAACCAGGAUGAAGAUUGCAUUGGGUGCAGCUAAGGGUCUGGCUUUCCUUCACGAAGCAGAUAAACCUGUAAUAUACAGAGAUUUCAAAACUUCAAAUAUCUUACUUGACUCGGAUUACACGGCUAAAUUAUCAGAUCUUGGGCUAGCAAAAGAUGGUCCUGAAGGGGAAGACACACAUGUAACAACAACAUGCAUAAUGGGAACCCGAGGCUAUGCUGCCCCUGAGUACAUCAUGUCAGGUCAUCUUUCAACCAAGAGUGAUGUGUAUAGCUAUGGAGUGGUUUUGUUGGAAUUGCUUACAGGAAGAAGGGUAGUGGAUAAGUGCCGACCCAAUAGAGAACGAAGCCUUGUGGAAUGGGCAAGGCCUCUUUUGAGAGACCAAAAAAAGCUGCACCAUAUCAUAGACCCUAGAUUAGAAGGGCAGUUUCCUACGAAAGGAGCUUUGAAGGUUGCUGCAUUGACCUAUAAAUGUUUAAGCCACCACCCCUAUCCAAGGCCAACUAUGAGUGAUGUGGUUAAGAUACUAGAGUCUCUUCAGGAUUUUGACGAUGUGAUCAUAGGACCAUUUGUGUAUGUAGCAGUGAGUGAAAGUAGCCAAUGAGAUGCUACUGUCAAAGGGCAUGAAGGAGUUCUUGGUCUGUGUUAACACCAGCUCAUCAGCAACAGCAACGUAGAUAAAAUAUAGUAGAUAGCAAAACAAAUGAAGGAAUAGUUGAUGAAAAUCUUGUUUUUGCCAUUUUUAGUUAGUAAGGCAUGGUCUACAAACAAGCAAAGUGUAGUUAACUAUCUAGUAGCGUCUGAUUCUGUCAGAAUUAGAGAGCUUUAAAGUGACAAGAGUAUGGAGUUUGUUUGAGGUGAAAUGUGUAUAAUACAUAAGUUAUCAGAAAUGCUGACUCUGAUGCUCAGAUUUGAAUGGAUGCAACAAGUAUUUAAUGGGGGUGUAUGUAUUUGUUCAGGCAUUACUACUUACU